GUUAUGGUCUACUAGUUAUGGUCUGUGUUGUAUUUUUAGCGUAGGGCGAUAACGAUUCAUCCGUCAUAAAGUGUUUGCAAUCAGCAGAUUAAUAUUCUAUCAAAUCGCAACCUGCGCCGACCCACUUGCGUUUAUAUUUUGCAUCAAGUUCCGCAUGUAUUCAAAUCAAUUUUUCAAUUAGAAGUCGACAAAGGAUAUGUCUUAUAUAAAUUUCCUCCUUGAAUAUCCUGAGCAAAAUCCUGAGAAUGCAGUAUCUUAAGUAACGAACAUAUGAGUAUGCGAUGGAAAGGCGUAACGUUCUCUUUAUAUCUUGUGCGAAUCGGAAGGAAAUUAGCUGAAGAAUCGCCUGGUAAUGCUGAUAGCGAAUGAAAAAUGACAUAGACAGGGGCAUCGAAAAGAUAAGCGCUGAGAAACUAUGCGGAUCCUCUGGUGUCUUUUGGGGUUUGUCUGUGGGAGUUUAUCAAUCCUCGAGGCUCAUCCCGUGUCCUCGCUGUUUGCCACCGGACCUCGUGCCACUGUUGCAGAAUCUCACGCAUCAGGAUGGCUAAUGUAUAUGUUUGGUUUGUUUGCCGUCGUUGUUUUGGCAUUUGCAAUUAUUGGAUGUAUGUGCUGUAAGAGGCAGCGUUUUCCUAAAGGCUUUCAGGAUACAGAAGGGAAAUUAAAUCAGGAAUUCAAAGAUGGUCACACGUCAUCCGGCUGUGACUUGGCAUUUGAAAAUCCCAUAAGUGGACUGGAACUUGUAGUGCCGCAGUCAGGAUCACGCUUGGAACGCAUAUGUUUUGAACCCUUGCCUUUGGAUUGUUUUGUACCUCAAACCAGCAGCUUCCCAACGCUGAAACCAAAACUACCACAUUCGACUCCACUAACCUCAGACCAAAGUUGGUCAUCGCCGAUUCACUCAUGCAACGAAUGGUUCGACUCUACUAUCCACAUCCCCAGAGAAAGAUUAAAAUACUUACGAGAAAUUGGACAUGGUUGGUUUGGCAAAGUUGUCGAAGGGCGGGCAGAUUUGGAAACAACCGAAGGUGUAGGAAACGUUGUGCAGAACAAGGGUGUGAUAGUGAGAAUCCUAACUGAAGAAGCAACAAACCAAGAAAAAUCAUGGUUCCUUCGCGAAGUAAUGCCGUACCUGAAACUGCGCCAUCGAAAUAUCUUAUUGUUAUUGGGAACGUGCCUGGAGACUGAUCCGUACUUACUUUUGUUUGAAUCAUGUCCUCUUGGAGAUCUGAAAGGAUUCCUAAAAUCCAAUUCUGACACAGAAACAAGAGAAGCGCUUUUGCGUGGACAUGUUCCCAAGAGAAUGGCUAUUGAAGUUGCCGCAGGACUAGAACACAUGCAUGUACAUGGAUUCGCCCACACAGACCUUGCUGCAAGAAACUGCCUGGUUGCGUCUGAUUUAUCCAUCAAGCUCGGAGAUUAUGGUACCAGCAUUGAAAAGUACCCAACAGACUACCACGUUGUUGGCGACAGAGCCUUGCCUAUCAGAUGGGCGGCACCGGAGAGCCUAAAGUGUACAGAUACUACAAUCGAAACCCUUGAAAUCACUGUGAAGGCAAACCUCUGGAGCUAUGCUGUUCUUUUGUGGGAAAUAGUCACCUGGGGCAAAAUACCGUACGAUCACUUAUGCGAUGAAGAAGUCAUUCAAGCAGUUUUAUCUUCCACCGAUGCUACAGCCCAAUCCAUAACAGAAACAAACUUUUCCGAAUUACUCUUGAAAUGUCCAGAGGACUGUCCGCAGAAUUUCUAUCACGUUAUGCGCUCAUGUUGGGUGAUAGACCCAGACCUACGCCCAGGUUUAGAUCAAGUUCAACAAGUACUUGAGACACAGGACUUCGAACUGCGAUGGGAAACUCUCAGGCCUAACACACUGCAAGACCGAGGAAAAAGUGCUAGUCUUUUUAAUUUACACGGCAGUAUCGAUUCAGAUGGUUGGAUCAGUCCUCACAUUUCCGAUGGCCUAAUAAUCACAAAUAACAAUGAAAAAGUUUUGUCGACAUCCUUUCGAUUGGGGCCAGAAGAGCCAGUAAAAAAUGUUCCAGGAAUCAAAGCAAGUAACACCAUACACGAGACUGAUUCAGAAACUGAAGAAGAAAGUUGGUUGGACAGAGUGAAGCGUGGUGCUUAUACGGAGAAGGUCAGACAAAAGUCAAAGUCUGUUGCAGACCUGAUGGUGCUUGUUCACAUUGAUUCUGAUUCUGAGGCAGAAUGGUCUCUUGGGAUUCAAGGACCUGAGCAGACAAAAAAAAGACUUACAUCUGCUGGAAGUGACAGCAACUUAAAGAGCACUGUUCUGGCCGACGAAUUCACUGAGACUCUGAAAAAACUGCGUAAUCCACUACAAACUCAGCUCUACGAUCACUCUGCUCAGGAUGAUUUCAACGUCUGUAAGAUUGACCUUGCUAGAGAAACUUCGGAUACAACCAAUGUCUUGACAUUAACAACUGACUUUGGCCAAAGACCAAUGUUGAGACUAUCGACACCAAAAAAUGUAUGUCCGACUUAUGAAACAUCACAAAAAUCUAGUGAGUCGGUUGAUUUUGUCAUGUCGGAAGAUCUACAUGAAAUUUCUGAGACUUUAGCGGAACAAAGAGUGCCUCUUGACAAAUCUGAGGUAAAAUCGGCCGUGUGCUCCUCGGCAGAAUCCUCAAACGUCGUCAGCCAAGAAGUAGUGCAUCCUGAAGAACACAUUCUCCGACUUGUGCCUAAGUCAAACCCUUGCCCACCUCUUCUGAGGUUAGUACCCGACCCAAGUAAUGCUCCGGAACGAUUUCAGCCAUCAGAUAUUAGUAAGCAAGAAAAAUUAAAAGAUGGCUCAAAUCCCAUCCCUGAUACUCAUUUUGUUGACCGAAUCAGACGUGUGCCUAAUGGAGAAGAGGGAGGAAAGCAAAACGUUUCCGAAAUAUGUGAUAAGAUGUUUGGACGUCAUUUUAAUGAUAUUCAGAAUACGACUGAAAACUUGGAGCAAUGUAAUUUAGGUAGUAAAAAUUCUGCAAUAAAUUAUUCUAAUAUUAUAACUUUAGUAGAAACUGAAAAGGUACUGAAUGAAAAAUCGUUGUCGCUCGAGAACAUCUGUAAUCGCCAGAGCGAUAAGGCAAUAAUUCCAGACUUAGAGAUUGAGAACCCUGAGGAAAGAAAAAGUGCAGAUGUAAAAUCAUUUUCGCACAGCGAUGCAUCUCCGAAGCCCGUGGUUAGUCCAUCCUUGAAAAAGGAUCCUGCUGAGUUUAAAGCCACGGAAUGUGAUGAAUUUGACCAAAGCAAUAUGUCUCUUAACAACACAAGUCCCCAAUUGCUUGGGCCGCAUGCCUCAUCCGAGAAAUGUACCAGGCAGAAACUAUUCAGCGGAAACGAAACAAACAUGGAAAAUAAAGUAAAAAAAAAAUCAGAUGUCACCGGAGGAAGAGAGGAUUCUAAACGACUCUCCACUCCAGAUGAUGAGCGUAGCUCUGACUCUGGUUUUCGUGAUAAAGAAUCGUGUGAAGAGGAAGAGAGUCCAGCUGUUCCAACUCAGCCAUCUCAACCCUGUUUUGCAAUGGCUGAAGAUGAACACCUUUUUGUUAUAUCUGAACUGGAUGCCAUACUUGAUGCAGAAUCACCUGGUAACUUUGCUGACCUGGAUGACGUAGAAGAACUAAUUUCACCUGAUUCCAUUGAUUGGAAAAUCACUCACUUAGACAAUCCAAAGUCUGAGAAUUACAAUGCAACUGAGGAAUUGGAUAGUUCGGAUGACCAUAAAGGUUGGUUUUUACACUCACAGAAAGAUACUUGCCAUCAACUACUUCGUACUAAUUCUGGUACUAAUGCUGACAUAGAGGAUAAUAUUGACAAUCUGGCAUUGGAUGUUCUGAAACCGGAAAUUCAAACUUCAGAUACCAAGGUGCAAGUGAAACCAGUAAUGUGUGAUCCGUCCUUGGUUCCAAAUGAAGCUAACAAUUUCCUCGAUGGUCACCCUGUUUUGACUGGUGACCAGCUGUAUUCCAUGAAUGAAUCGAUAGAAGCAAUCAAGGUUUCUACAGAGGACCCUGGUUACCUUGACAGCCAAGAUGGACUCGGCUCUACAGAAAGCCUUCAUAGUGACAAUUCGUACAUUUCCUUUGGCCUGGAAGACGAAUACGUGGUUGCCAUACGAAAAGAGUUGAGCGAAAAACUACCCCAUGCUCAAAUGCCUGUUGAAGAAACUCGAGAGCCAUGCGAUAGUCGAGAUCUGACUAAAGAAGAUGAAAUGAAUAUAACGGAUCACCAAAAUUGGAACGAUGAAGAAGGACAAACUGAACAAGGGAGCGGGGUUGUCGAUAUAUCUAUUAGGUACAACAUUUACAACACUCCCUUGAGCCCUAUAUUAGAGGAGCGUGAAAACUUCAGUAUUAUUACUUCGGAAUCUUUGGCCUCAAAAGAUUCGUACGAAGAUUCUUUUCUAUCAAAACAUUCAGGAAGCUCUAACAACAAUGGCGAUGAAGAUCUGCUGCUAGUUGAUGUUGCAACAAAUAAAGCUGUACUUGUGGAUGGGGAUAGAGAUCCUUUUACAGAAGGAGAUAAAGAAGAUCAGGACACUUCAAAUGUUGAUAUAUCAGACGAUGAAACGUUUGAAUACAGAAUUGCAAUGCCUGACUUGAAUCAGGAACCUGAAAAACAACUGCAUGCUGUGAUAGGUGGAAGUGCACCACUGCCAAGUCCUGAGGAUGAGCUGAAAUGGCAACAGUUAUCUUUGUCCUUUCCCCUUCCUCCACAGAAUGAUCUAAUGUCGACAAGUUUCAGCUCCAAACAUGACUGGGAUAGCCAAGAUGACGACAACAGCUCAAGUUCUGGAGAAUUCAUUUGGAAGGAGGGCGAAAGAUUGUCUCCACGGUGCGGAAGAUUGGACCCGAUUGAUCAGCUCCAUGAUAAUUCAGUAAUGGAUGGAAUCAAGGAGGAAACAGAGAUGGAUGAAGAAGAUGUAGGAGAUCUCGAAGAAGACGGAGAAGGUGAUGAAGAGGAUCUAGAGUUCACACCAUCUGCAUGGGACGCCACACUCGCACCGCAUAGAUCUGCAUUGAGAUCACCCGAUAAGACUCAACGACCUGAAGAAAUGGAUCAAAAAAAAAGUGUUUGGUUCAAAAAACAGAGAUACCACUGUGUCUAUGAGUAUCCAAAGGAAGUCUCCACCGCUACCAAUCAAGAACAAGCGAUCACUGAUUGGAAGCCGACAUCCUACGCAGAUUGGGAGGAACUGAUGGAAGAGCCAGCGAGAUUAGAUUUGUAUCCCAUAGAAUACGACGACGCUGAUGAAAAUGGAGAAGAAUUCUACGUCAGCAGUUCGAAUCGUCCAUUUCAAUUCCAAACAGGAGAAGGAGAACAAGUGAGUCAGUUUUUCCCAGGUGCAUCAUCUAGUCUGUUACAACAGCAACGGCAACAACAACAGCAACUUGGAGAAUUAAGACACACUAGAGAUCGCCUGAAACUCAAUUUACCGCUGACCGAAUCACAGCCAUCUAUUACCUCCGCUGCUCCUACUACAAGUCCUGCAGAAGAGCAUCAAGAAACCCUUGUGGCAGAUUUAAAAUUGGACACAUUAGGAACAUGCGAAGCAGGAAUAAGCUGCGAUAAGCAUAUAGAAAAAGAUGAGAACGUCAAUCAAAACGUCACUUCAGAUAGAAUAUCGCCUCCCUUAUUUGAAUUCGAGGACAAAUCUAUUGCUUAAGAGAAGCUUCGAUAUCAAACAUAAGUGAAUACUAUCGUGAACAUUUGGGUGUAGAUUGAGAUAAUUAGUUCUUAGUUGAGCUGAGCGCAUCUCAGAAAAGGUUUUUUGAAUCUGUAGCUGUUCGUCGUUUGACUAUGUUUACGCUGUGCUGUGUAAAUUUGUCGCGUUUUCUCACGUUGUGUCUAAUCAGCUAAGAUCAAAGUAUACCUUCUUUUUUCACACCUUGAGUAGUAUUACUCAGAAUGUUGAAGACGAUUCAACAACUGACUUCUGUGACGAAUAAAUCUAUGAUCUCCAACAUAUUUAUCGCUGAAACCGGUAAAUCAUUUGCGAGCAGUCCAAGCUCUUUUAUAUCUUUCCUACUAAUGAAUAUAAAAAAGAGAAGGUGGAGUUACGAGCGCGCGGAAUAAACAAAUAUCACUUACUAUUUCCGAUAUAUUACAAGUCCUGAGAAUAAUUGGAUAGUGACAUUCAUAAAAUAAAGCCAAACAACGUGAAGGUCACCAUUUUAUUCUGCUACGGAUCUUACAAUUGCCUUUGAUCAUACCCAAUUACGAAUUUUUGGGCAGAGAGAGUAUUUAAAAUUAUCAAAGUUGAUCGCGCUCUGAUUCGUCGAACAAUGUAAAAACCAAAGUGUGUGAAUAUCGAGAUCUGAUCGCGGAAUUUUUCGAUUGAAAUAAAUCGCAUGACGUAUCCGCACUAACUCAGUGAUGUCUCUAUUUAUCCUGAUGACUAUAUACAAAACAGCUUUUCAAUUUGAUUCUUGGUUUGGGAUAAAGAGUGAGAAAAUACCCGAUAGGCUAAAGUCCGUCCAAAGCAUUUCUCGUUGAUGAGAGCAAAUUUCGAAAACGAGAAAAGAAACUAUUCUUCAUAUUUUAAUACAGAGAAUUAUGUACAUACACAGAAUUAGUAGAUUGAUUGUUUAUAUUUUAUGGAAAUUGAUUAUUUGGAAUUAAGAAUUGGUAUACGAGAGCGACGCAUUAUUCAAAUAAAUUUCACCAAACUCCAAUUCAUGUAAAUAGUAACAUACACAUCUAUGUAGGUAUAUCACCGUCCAAUAUACUGAGAUAUCUCAGAUGAAGAUGACCUAAUAGUAUACUGUAUAUUGCAGGUGUUUGCAAUGUGACAUUAUUUAAUACCAUUUGUAAUAAUACAACUAUUAAGUCUGUUCUACUACGUUUUUAUUAGGAUAUAUUACAGUUGAAAUCGUUACCCAUGUAUAUAAUAAUAAUUAUUAUUAUUUUUAUUUUAUGUUACAGUCUGUGUAAACAUAUUAUAUGUAUAGUAUGAUUCAUUACGAUUAUGGAUAUCAUAUUUGAUAUAGUUAGAUGAUUAAUAUAUUGUUCUUACAAAAAACACGACUAUCCAUUGAGA